GUGAUGCAUAACACCUUCCAUAAGCUGUCUUUCUCAAGUUGGCCAAUUAUGUUGUCGAUUUCCUUCACGGUAGUUGUCUGCAGUUGUUUGGCGUAGUGACGUCAAUACUUCUAAUGCCCGUUUUCCUAGGAAAAAUUGUUCCCGAGAAGUGACCUUUCCUUUGGGGACAUCACUUUUGCUGAUGUGAUAGGUGAUGUCGACAAAGGUUUUAGUCGCUUUGCGCGAACACAUUUUCCUAGUGAAAACAGGCUGAAGCCAGAAGUUCUAUUGCCCCGAUAGCUUGUAAGUACACUAAUCAACUUGUUGAUCUCAGACAAUGUUUAUUAUUGCACUAAGUGUUUUUAAACUUUUACCUUACAGCUUUUGGAUUUCGUGAUGGUUCGUUCUCGGUAAUAUAUUUGAAGAGAGGCAAGAAAUUAUUCGGCUAUGGAUGGCUUGUUUUCAAAGAUAAUGAAAACGUUUAUGUAAUGACCAGUAAUAGUGUUCUCCGUCUUAUUAAAUCCGAUCAAUUUGCCAAUGCUCUGGAAAUACUGGUUUUCAAUGAUGAAGCCGAGAUAGCUAAUUACGAUGCAACUGUAACAAAUGAUGACUUUGUUGUAGUUCGUUCUAACGAAGGCAAUGCUUUAGAUUAUGUUGUGCUGAAAUUGAAGACCUCACGUAUUGUUCAGGAGUUGCCUCCUCAAGUUUCGAGGGCGUCUCCUGAACCGGGCGAAAAAGUGCUUGCACCAGCAAGUUUAUCUAAGUUUCUUACGAAGGCAGCGAAAUUUACCGUGCAACCAUAUCCUGAAGAUCUUGUAGAUUGGCUGAAGAGCACCGGCAGCAGCAGUUCCAGCAAUAUUCCCACACCAAGUUGCGAGCCCAGCAUCAAUUUUGACGACGCAAAAGAUCUCAAACAAAUUAUAAUUACUAUCUACCCCUUACGUUCUACUAAGCCUGGACUACCUAUAUUCAAAGAUCUUGAUGGUCAGGUUGCCGGCAUGUGUAGUAGUAAUGUGUUUAUCAAUUGUGGCAAGGGGAAAAAACGUUUUUCUACUUUUGUCGUUAGUAUGCCAAGAAUUAUCGAUGACAUUCGCCGUAAGAAACCCAGUGAAGCCAAGAAAUGGUUCCCAAACUAUUUUGAUUAAAGCAGUGGGACGUUCAUUUGUGUACUUUUUCAAGUCGUCGUGCUAAGGUGGAAAAAACUUUAUUUCCUGAGCUCUUUAACUGCAUAAAUGUGCCAGUAGCGGCGGAUCGGUCAGAGUAAAAUUUUUGAAAAUUCUAUUUCAAAAUUGGGCAAAUAAGAGAAACCAAGUAUUAAAUGUGUCAAGAAGAAGAUAUAUUAUUACCCCCUCCCACACACACACACACACACACCACCCAGCCCCUUCCCACCCAAGAAUAAAACUGUUCCGCCGACGCUGAAAUGCGCAUCACCGUAUUUACUCGUUUAAGCGCCGCGAGCGAGAGCAAAAUUAUCAACAGAGCGCCGCCCUCGAAUAAGCGACGCAAUUAUUUAUAAAAAUAGGUACGUUUGGCGUACAUGUAUGUGCGAAAAUGUCGCCAUAUUUAUUUGACUGCCUGUUCGCAGGCGUACAUUCAUAAUUAGUCGACCUGAGUGUUUAACGCACACACAACUCGAUAUCAUUAUCCCAUACCUGUGUUAAAAGCGGCUUUCUGAUUGGUUUAGAGCAGGUGAGCUUGUCGUCGAGCUCACCUGCUUUUUUCCGAACUCACCUGCUUUUCGCCCGAGCUCACCCGCUAAACUGCUUACGUUGCAAUAACAAUAACAAAUAUGGCGGACAAGAUUUAGCCGAUAAACCUAAACUUUAAAGAACUUUUUUCGGUGACUAACAUACUGAGACUGAAGAAAAACCAAAGAAAAAGUGCAGUAAAGGUAUUGUAGACGUAGAUAAAGAAGAAUUUUCUUGCCCAGUGAUUUUUUGGCCGGGAAAAUGUUCACAAAACAUCGACGAAUAUAUCGCGAAGAGCUACAAAUGUAUGUAUGGCUCGGUGUAUGGGAUAAAAACCAAACGUACUUGCAGGUUCG